GGAAAAUGCUUCCCAAUCCUAUUACCAUGAAAUUCAUCAACUUUUGGAUGCGGAAGAUGGUCUGUCCUCUGAAGAAGACACCAACCUAGGAUUGGGAGCUUUGUUGGAAUUUCAUGAAAAACACAAAGUUUAUAUGAGAGAGGAGCAACAAGAAAGAAUGGCUCGUUUUGGAGAUGAUUUGCCCACCCGUUAUGGAACUGGGGUGCCAGGGGGUACUGGAAGGGGCAGCGGCCGGCAGGGUGGUCCACCGACCGGCCAAAGAAUGUAUAAGCAAUCCAUGGCUCAACGUGCAAGGACCAUGGCUCUCUACAACCCAAUCCCUGUCAAACAGAACUGCUUCACAGUCAACAGAUCUCUGUUCAUCUUUAGUGAAGAUAAUAUUAUAAGGAAAUAUGCUAAAAGAAUCACUGAGUGGCCUCCAUUUGAAUAUAUGAUUUUAGCAACCAUCAUUGCAAAUUGUAUUGUUUUGGCUCUGGAACAGCAUUUGCCUGAACAUGACAAGACAGACAUGUCAGAACGGCUGGAUGACACCGAGCCGUAUUUCAUCGGUAUUUUCUGCUUCGAGGCUGGCAUCAAAAUCAUUGCCUUGGGGUUUGCUUUCCAUAAAGGCUCAUAUCUUCGGAAUGGAUGGAAUGUCAUGGAUUUUGUUGUGGUGUUGACGGGGAUACUUGCAACGGCUGGGACUGAAUUUGAUCUUCGGACACUGAGAGCCGUCCGGGUGCUAAGACCACUCAAACUUGUGUCAGGGAUCCCAAGUCUUCAAGUGGUGUUAAAAUCCAUCAUGAAGGCGAUGGUACCUUUGCUACAGAUUGGCUUACUCCUAUUCUUUGCGAUUGUCAUGUUUGCGAUCAUCGGGCUGGAGUUCUACAUGGGAAAGUUCCACAAAAACUGCUUCUCGCUGGAGACAGAUGAACCCGUCGGAGAUUUCCCCUGUGGGGAAGAAGCCCCUGCUCGUCUCUGUGAAAAUGGCACCACUUGUCGCUUUUACUGGAAAGGGCCCAACUAUGGCAUCACCAACUUUGACAACAUCCUGUUUGCGGUGCUAACUGUGUUCCAGUGCAUUACGAUGGAAGGAUGGACAGACAUAUUGUACAACACAAACGAUGCUGUUGGAUACAUGUGGAAUUGGCUGUACUUCAUACCACUCAUCAUUGUGGGCUCAUUCUUCAUGUUAAACCUGGUUUUAGGUGUCCUCUCAGGAGAGUUUGCCAAAGAGCGUGAAAGGGUUGAGAAUCGCCGUGCAUUUCUCAAACUCAAACGACAACAGCAAAUUGAGCGGGAACUCAAUGGAUACCUUGAGUGGAUAUUCAAAGCUGAGGAAGUGAUGCUGGCCGAAGAGGACAAAAAUGCUGAAGAAAAGUCGCCAUUAGAUGUAUUAAAAAGAGCAACGAUUAAGAAGAGUAAAAAUGAUCUCAUCCAUGCAGAGGAGGGGGAGGACCACUUCACUGAUAUCUGUUCUGUGGGUUCACCUUUUGCACGCUCCAGCCUGAAAAGUGGGAAUAAAGAAAGUUCGUCCUACCUCCAUCGCAAGGAGAAGAUGUUUCGGUUCUUCAUCCGCCGAAUGGUUAAGGCUCAGAGUUUUUAUUGGUUUGUUCUUUGUGUAGUCGCCUUAAAUACACUUUGCGUCGCCAUCGUCCACUAUAAUCAACCUCACUGGCUCACUGAAGCCCUUUAUUAUGCCGAGUUUGUGUUUUUGGGACUUUUCCUCACAGAAAUGUCCCUAAAGAUGUACGGUCUGGGGCCUCGGAAUUACUUCCACUCAUCAUUCAACUGCUUUGAUUUUGGGGUUAUAGUAGGCAGUAUUUUUGAGGUUAUUUGGGCAGCAAUAAAUCCAGGCACCUCUUUUGGAAUUAGCGUCCUCAGAGCUUUGCGACUUCUCCGCAUCUUUAAAGUCACAAAAUACUGGAACUCCUUAAGGAAUCUGGUGGUGUCGUUGCUGAACUCUAUGAAAUCCAUCGUCAGUCUCCUUUUCCUCCUCUUUCUCUUUAUUGUGGUGUUUGCUCUUCUUGGGAUGCAGCUGUUUGGUGGCCAGUUUUUCUUUGAAGAUGAAACACGGAAUACCAACUUUGAUACUUUUCCUACAGCCAUCUUGACGGUGUUUCAGAUCUUAACAGGGGAAGACUGGAACGUUGUAAUGUAUUACGGAAUCGAGUCGCAGGGUGGUGUCAGUAAAGGAAUGUACUCUUGCAUUUAUUUUAUUAUUCUCACGCUGUUUGGAAACUAUACCCUCCUGAAUGUCUUCCUGGCUAUUGCUGUGGACAACCUGGCGAACGCGCAGGAACUCACCAAAGAUGAGGAGGAGAUGGAAGAAGCAACCAACCAAAAAUUAGCUCUACAGAAAGCUAAGGAGGUAGCGGAAGUCAGUCCCAUGUCUGCUGCUAAUCUCUCAAUCACAGCUUUUGUAAGGCAAAAUCAGAGUGCAAUAUCUCGGAGCUCGUCCGUCACGACCGUUAAUUCACCCAAACAGCAAAAUUCAACAAAAUGUCGAUCAGUAUGGGAGCAGCGCACAACUCAGAUUAGAAUGCACAACUUCCGUGCAAGCUGCGAGGCUCUCUACAGCGAGCUGGAGCCAGAAGAUCGACUACGAUAUGCAACCACCUUACGUCUGAGACCUGAUAUGAAGAGCCAUAUGGAUCGCCCACUACUUGUUGAACCUCAGGAAUCUGAGGAACUUAAAGAUGUUAGUCCUGAAGCUCCACCACAAAAUGAAAUAGAACCUGGACAGGACACCACAACAGAACAGCCACCAAGAAAACAACACCGGCACCGAGAAAGAGGAGGUGGUGAUACCAAUGGCAGUGGUCGAGAAAAUGGCAAUAACGGAGAUUCAGGAAGUAAUGAUAGAGAGGAACGUCAUCGACGUCACAGGAGUCGAAGUAAAGAAGGUGAAGGGGGAAAGGAAGGAGGGAAAGGAGAACGUAAUCGAAGUCAGGAAAGGGGAAAGAGACAUCAUCGACGGGCCUCCCCUGAAGAGGGAACAGAGAGGGAGCAUCGACGACACCGCACUCAUCGUCAUUCAAAUGAAAGGCAAGGCAAAGAUGGCAAUGGGCAACCUUCUUCUCUGAGCAAGGGUGAAAGAAAGUCUAGGCACAGAGGAGGAGGAUCACGGUCAGGCAACAGAGAGGGAGAUGGCACAAAUCGAGGAGCUGGGGAAAAUGGAGAGGAGCCCCAUAGAUCACGUCAUCGGAACAGACACAAAGCACUUUCUACAUAUGAUACAGAGGACAAAAAGGAUAACAGAGAAGGGGAGCCUGGAGAGAGAGAACAUCGCAACCACAGGUCAAGGGAGAAUCGAACCGAUACAGAAACUCCAGUCGGCGGCCUACAGCAGUUGCCUGAACAGCCAGAAGAUGCUGAUAACCAGAAAAAUGUGAACAGGAUGGCAUUGCCCCACACAGACAGGGCAAGCACAGUCAAUAUACCAGUGACCAUUACGGCUCCACCCGUCGAUAGCACUGUCAUACCAGUCAAUAAUAUUGAAUUUGAAAUGAAGUCUGAAGAGAAAAAGGAAAUGGAAGCAGAUGAUCUCACGAAGAAUGGACCGAAGCAGAUCCUGCCAUACAGCUCAAUGUUUAUCUUCAGCUCUACUAACCCAGUCCGGCGUCUUUGUCAUUACAUUGUCAACAUGCGCUACUUUGAAAUGGUAAUCCUUCUGGUUAUCGCACUGAGCAGCAUCGCGUUGGCAGCAGAAGAUCCGGUGCAGGCCGAUUCUCCCCGCAAUGAUGUGCUGAAAUACAUGGAUUAUAUAUUCACCGGCGUGUUCACGUUUGAGAUGGUGAUAAAGAUGAUAGAUCUGGGAUUACUGCUUCACUCAGGCUCAUACUUUCGUGAUCUAUGGAACAUCCUAGAUUUUAUCGUUGUCAGCGGCGCGCUGGUUGCGUUUGCUUUCACAGGGAAUAAAGGAAAAGAUCUGAACACCAUCAAGUCCCUGAGAGUCCUACGAGUCUUACGUCCUCUUAAAACCAUUAAGCGUCUUCCAAAGCUAAAGGCGGUGUUUGACUGCGUAGUGAACUCUCUCAAGAAUGUCCUCAACAUCCUCAUAGUUUACAUGCUCUUCAUGUUUAUCUUUGCGGUUGUGGCCGUCCAGCUGUUCAAGGGAAAGUUUUUCUACUGCACGGAUGAGUCUAAAGAAUUUGAGAGGGAUUGCAGGGGAGAAUAUCUGAAUUAUGAAAAUGACGAUGUACGCGCUCAGGCCAGGCAAUGGAAGAAAUAUGAAUUUCACUAUGAUAACGUACUAUGGGCGCUGCUGACGUUGUUUACGGUUUCUACUGGUGAAGGUUGGCCCAAUGUCCUUAAACACUCAGUAGAUGCCACGUAUGAAGAUCAGGGACCCACGCCGGGCUUUAGAAUGGAAAUGUCUAUUUUCUACGUGGUAUACUUUGUCGUCUUCCCUUUUUUCUUUGUCAAUAUCUUUGUGGCUUUGAUUAUCAUCACGUUUCAGGAGCAGGGAGACAAGGUCAUGUCAGAGUGCAGUCUGGAAAAGAAUGAGAGAGCCUGCAUAGACUUUGUCAUCAGCGCCAAGCCCCUAACUCGUUAUAUGCCACAGAAUCGUCAGUCUUUUCAGUAUAAGAUGUGGCGGUUUGUCGUCUCACCGCCCUUUGAGUAUUUUAUCAUGGUGAUGAUUGCGCUAAACACCAUUGUUCUGAUGAUGAAGUUUUACGGCUCAUCUCAGACAUAUGAUGACAUGCUGAAAUGCCUGAACAUUAUUUUCACCUCCAUGUUCUCUCUGGAAUGCAUCCUGAAAAUCAUUGCGUUUGGUGUGCUGAACUAUUUUCGAGAUGCCUGGAAUGUCUUUGACUUUGUCACAGUGUUGGGAAGUAUUACUGAUAUUUUAGUAACAGAGAUAGCGGAUACGGAAAAUUUUAUCAACCUAAGCUUUCUGAGAUUGUUUCGAGCUGCCCGUCUAAUAAAGUUGCUUCGCCAAGGUUACACCAUACGCAUCCUUCUGUGGACCUUUGUGCAGUCUUUUAAGGCCUUGCCGUAUGUCUGCCUCCUUAUUGCUAUGCUAUUUUUUAUCUACGCUAUCAUCGGCAUGCAGGUAUUUGGCAACAUUGCGUUGGUGGACGAUAGCGCCAUUAACAGACAUAAUAAUUUCCGAACCUUCCUGCAGGCCUUAAUGCUCCUCUUCAGGAGCGCAACAGGGGAAGGUUGGCAUGAGAUUAUGCUGGCGUGUCUCAGUAAACGACCCUGCGACCCUCGAUCGGGCAACGUCAAAGAUGAAUGUGGAAGUGAUUUUGCAUAUUUUUAUUUUGUCUCCUUCAUCUUUUUGUGCUCCUUUCUGAUGCUAAAUCUCUUUGUGGCCGUCAUCAUGGAUAAUUUUGAAUAUCUGACGCGUGACUCUUCAAUCUUGGGUCCACACCACCUGGAUGAAUUUAUCCGUGUCUGGGCAGAGUAUGACCCAGCUGCUUGUUGCCGAAUACACUAUAAGGAUAUGUACAAUUUAUUGCGUGUAAUUGCCCCUCCACUGGGGCUGGGGAAACGCUGCCCGUCGAGGGUAGCAUACAAGCGCCUUGUACGGAUGAAUAUGCCAAUCUCAGACACAGAUCUAACGGUUCAUUUCACCUCUACACUUAUGGCUUUAAUUCGGACGGCUCUGGAUAUCAAAUUGGCUGCAGGUGGAAUAAAGCAACAUGAAUGUGACUCUGAGCUACGGAAGGAAAUAACCACAGUAUGGCCCAACCUGUCCCAGAAGAUUCUGGAUUUACUGGUACCACCUCACAAACCUGAUGAAAUGACGGUCGGAAAAGUAUACGCUGCGCUUAUGAUCUUUGACUUCUACAAACAGAACAAAAACAACCGCGAUCAGUCUCACCAGCCACACGGAGUUCUGUCUCAGACGGGGACAGUCUCCCUUUUCCAGCCUCUUAAAGCAACUUUGGAGCACAGUCUUCCUGUACCUUUUGGCAAUGCCAAGAUGUUCAUACGGCAGAAGAGCUCGGCUUCGCUAAACAAUGGCAGCGUUGUACCUAAUCAAGAGUCGGGUAUUCGUGAGUCAAGUUCAUGGGGAACGCAGCCUGCGCCAGAUCCGUUUUCCACACCCAGAAGUACGGCUUUUCAGAGAGGGCACUCAGAAGAAAUCCCUUUUUUCCAGGCUGUAGAGAUGAAAACUAUUGGCCAGAAUCUGUCCAAUGGCGGAGAACAUCCCACUGGCCUAGAGAUCCAGGGACGGGCGGUAUCCAUGCCACGUCUGGCUGCUGAAACGCAUUCGCGGAGCCGCGCUCCUUCCCCUGGGAACGGUUACCUACCCGUCAUCCCAGACACCAGUCCAAUGAAGCGCUCAGUAUCCACGCUGACUCCGCCACAGAGACCUCAGCUUUAUGAGUAUUCUCUAGAGAGAGUGCCACCGGAGCGCACUCACCAGCACCAUCACCGAUGUCACCGGCGCAAAGAGAGGAAACAGAAAUCCACAGAGAGGUCACUGCAGAAUGAUGACACAGAGCCUGUCCCUCGAGAGAGAAGACACGAGAGGGGAAGAUCCCAGGAACGAAAGCAGCAUCCUUCAUCCUCGUCUGAUAAGCAACGUUUCUACUCCUGCGACCGAUAUGGCAGCCGCGAGUCAGGCUAUCCGCGCCACUCCGAUCAUAGUAGGGCUACAUCGCCAAGCAGUGGACAAGACCAUGGGACACACAGACAGGGCAGUGGUUCGGCCAGCGGGAGUCCACGUCUGACCAGCUCCGGUGCUAGUACCCCAUGCCGGGGGAUCCGCAGACAACUCCCCCAGACUCCACUCACCCCUCGGCCUAAUGUAACCUACCGGACAGCUCACUCCUCCCCUGUGCACUUUGGAGGGUCUUCUUAUUCACCUGGGCGUCUGAGCCGGGGUUUAUCAGAGCACAACACCCUGCUGUACAGCGACUCCCCCAGCCCCUCUGCCUGCACCGUUACUCGCAUCGGUUCUGACCCAUAUUUAGGGCCGCGACAAGAUGCUGACAGCUAUUGUCCUGAAGACACUCUAACCUUUGAGGAAGCCUUGGCCAGCAACUCUGGACGUUCCUCCAGGACUUCCUAUGUGUCCUCUCUCACUUCUCAUUCCCACCAGCUCUGCAGGGUACCAAAUGGCUAUCACUAUACCCUGGGGCUUAGCACGGGGCCUGGCACAACCCCUAGAGGCCGAAGCUAUUACCACGAGGCAGAUGAAGAUGACUGGUGCUAGCACAGGGACCCGAGACAAGAUCCCACUCCUACCACUGCUUCUGUCAAAAGCCAAAACAAGAGAAGCAUGGAGGUCGGAGAGGGGCAUGUUGCUUGAGUUACUACUGAUGAGUUUUAUCAUCAGCUGGCAGAAUGCCAUAACAACAGAGCAUGUUAUGGGAGAGCAGAGGUGGCCAUCUUGGGAGAAAUCUGAGCAUAGAGAUAUAUUUGAAGUUAAGGUUUAAUGAUUGAGGAAGAUGAACAAAUAAGAAAGCCAGGUGUCAUUUGAUUCAAGAGUAUGUUCUGGAAUUGUACAUUGUGAGGCUUUUUGUUGGAGGACAGCUAAGGUGGCCAUUUUGGGAAAACUUGAAGAUUGGAGAUAAUGGAGGUUAAGUCAUGAAUAUAGAGGAGAUAGACGGGCAACAAGAUUAGGACCACAGUGUAUUGAGUUUGCGGAUAUUCCUAUUAUUUAUAUACAUUUUCAGGAUAGAAGAGAAUAUAUAUUUUCUGUAAUCUACUCUUUCUCUUACAUCCACUAUGAAUUUACAGAAAGACGUUACUAACCAUGCACUUAACAUAAAAACUCACCUGCUCGUACAUACCUUUCUCCCACCACCUGCACUGGUGUUUUUUUGGCAGGUACAUUUAGAAAAAGGAGUUAUUUAUUGCAAUGCCUCAUAAUGUUUGAGUUAUAUGUUUAAUAGGGUUAAAAACCCUCUCUUCAUAAAUGUUCUUCCUGCUCUCAAGAGUUGGCGCCAAAUGGUGGAAUCAUUGCAUAAGGAACAUAACAUUAUUUAUGCCACAUGGGCUCCACAGAUUUAAACAGCAUAAUGCACACCUCCCAGAAUCCUGUGUGAUGUUUUAUAGUUGACUGUUGAGAUAUCUGGGUGGCAUCAUAGUUUUUGCUGUGUUCUGUCGGGAGGAAGCUUUGAAAAGUUUGUGUUGCGUGUCUGUUGUGUCUAUGAAAAGUGUUUGUACAGUCUAAUCACUAGAUUGAAGUGUAACCCUUCGGCUGCCAGGGAGAGUUGCAAAACAUUGUAUUACAGCUUUCUAUGACAGUGGACGGGGUUAAUGAUUUAUCAGCCAAGAGAACAUUGGCAAUAUUCAUGUAGAAUUUGGUAAUGCAUUGGUCCUAAGAAGCAUGUGACUGGUUAAUGUGAUAUAGCACAUCCUGUGGUCAUCAUUCAUCUUUGUUUAUUGGCUAUUACUUUAGAUGUGUAUAAGUCAUGUACAGGAAUCCUCUACUCUUCCAAAAAGCAGCUGUUUUUACAGGUUCUUUAUACUAUAUAAUGUGUCGCUCUUUCUGUUUUGAAUGAAGAAGGCAGGCUGAUAGGGUAAAUGCUCACCUUUUGUAGCAUUGUUAAUCCAUUAAAUUUCACACCUUUUUUAUGUUGUGACUGAUCGUUCUCUAAAUUGUAGUCCCACCCACUCAUAGAGCAUAUCAGCUAUAGAAUUAACAGGAUGUGCAAUAUUAUGCAACUUGUGCCGCUCAGUUGUUGACGUCACAAACUUGCACAGUGCCAAAUUCCCUGAGCCUUCUAGACCUAUAGGUAAAAGAUUGUGCCAAUUUCCACAGUAUAUUUUAUGUAGUACUUAGACAUUAGAUCUUUGGCUGCACACUCGUCCUAUGGCAAUAAGGCACUCUGUAAUUUCUAAUAUCAUAUCCUGGUAGCUCCAUGUGGCCUUUUCAUUCAUAUGUAGCAUAUAAAUUUCAUAGCAAGCACAACAAGAUACAGAUUUAUAGGAAGCAUGGUAUAUGGUAACAUUGCAUUUAUUGUGUGCAAUGCUGAUAGCAUAAAAAAUAAUUUAAGGGCAAAAGCUGAUUUUCCAAAGACAUUUAGAGAUUAUUAAGAUAAUAUUUCAUAUGCAGUAGAUGACUAAAUAGGUGACCACUACACCCACAGCUAUUUUGUUGCAUGGUUUACCCUACAAGAUAUUUUUUUUUGUAUUGGUACACUUUUUUAUGUAGUGAUAACUGCUUUUUCAUGCAAUACUCAAAUUAUUUCUGCAAACAUAUCAAAACAUAAGUCAAAUGAGAUGUGAUACAGUAGUGUGUGUAGCACCAUGUGAUUUUUUAAAAUUUAGCAUAUGAAAAUACUCAGAUGUAUUUAACUAUAUUCAUAGCACAAUAUUCAUUAAGCAUAAUAUAGAGUUCAUACAGGGCUGAGGGUUUACUUUAAGUAAGUGUCUGGGGGUUUGUAUUGACUAAACUGUGUACCUGUAUUGUUUGACAUGAAGAACACAGAGCCUAGUUAAGAAAAUAAGGAUUAUCAUUUAAUCUGUUCAUUGUAUGUAUAUAUGUAUUGAUCAGAAUGAUUCAUUUCACUGCUAAGUGCCUAUAUUUCCCAGUUGGUAGUCCAGUAAACGGUGCAACAGUCACAAAUAUAAAAAUAUCCAAACCCGAGCAAUUCAUUGCAUUCUGCAAAGCCAACUUUAUUGACAUACACCAUGUAUUUUUAGCACCUAGUAUCCCAUAGGAUAUUGUCUUAUAAUGUUGCUCUUAUGCGCAAUAAAUAGACAUUUAUUUUGGAGGAAGUAAUAUUAUUCCUUUCUUUUUGCCCAAUUUCCAAUUGUGAACAGAAUGUUUAUGUGUGAUAUAUUUAUCUUCUCUUUUUUUUGUUCUGCCUUAUUGAAUGUUAAACUAAUUCAUGCAUCCUUAUGUCAGAUAUUUUUAAUAUUAAAUAAGCAGGAGAAAAUUAUAUUUAUAGAAUUUUCUAUAGGUUUAUCUUGACAGAGCAAGUUGCCUUACACAUACAGUCUCUCUUAAAAAUGGCAAAACGAGUAUAUAGAAAAGGAAACACAGCGCAGAUCAUUUGCAAUAUAUGCUUACAAUAUAUUAUAUUACAAUUACAGUCUAAAGCAGAAUAUAGAAGAAAGUCUGAUUCACUCCAGGAAUAAUCAUUUUUGGAAAUGUUUUAUUUGGUGUAAGCCACAAUUGUUUCAUGUAUCUGAGAUACUGAUAAAAUUGAAGUGUAUAAAAUUAGAGCUACUGGCUAGUUCUUAUAUACUGUAUAUUAGUUAACAUUUACGCUUUGUGGACCAUAAGGUUAUCUCAUUUACCAUGACUUGUUUGUUACUAAAUUGGUAUACAUCAGGUAAAGUUAGAAGAUAUUUCUUUUGGAGAAUCAUUUUUUGAGUCAAGUUUUGAUGAUUGAUUUUCAAGGUCAAUCACAUUAAGCACCUAUGAGAGUCACAAGACUAUUCUGUAUCGGUUUACAUAAAAUUAAUUUCAACAAUGGAUGAUUUGACCCCUUGUGUUAAGGCUAUAUAUGAGUUUUGUGUCAUGUGACCAAACUCUUCAAUAGAUGCCGUGACAUAUUGUCAAGUCGCCCAUAUCCAUUUAAACUUAGUAUUGUCAUAUCCUUUCCAGUACCUAUUUGGAUAGUGUUAGGUACAACACAUAGAGCAGAUAUGAUGUAUCAAUCUCAGAAAAGUCUGCAUGCAUUUUAUUAAUAAACGUCAGUGGUUUCUGGCACCUGUGGUACACAAGUGCAAUUUGUUUAAUAUUGGAUUCCUCUGAAGGCCUUUUUGAAUUUGAGAUUUAUGCCUAAUUGUAGGAAUUUUGGUAUGGUUGAGAUAAAGGUCAUUUAUAGUACAUUCACACCCAUUAUGCAUCUCUUUAUCCAAAUCUCUAACUGUAGGCUGGUAGUCAGUUAUUUUGAAGGCAAGCGAUUUGGCGAGGUUAGUAGAGAAAUGUGUUUAAUAUUGAGUUGCUUUCUUAUUAUAGCUUAAGGGAAUUCAGCUCAGAUCAGUAUAGUGGCACCUCGAAAUCAGGGAUUUUUAGGGGAAUAAGAAACUCUCAAUGUUUGAGAGUAAAAAUGACUGACAUAUCCCCUCCCAGGUGGUGUCUCUGAAUGCAGAUAGAACAGAAUUCUCCCAUCAGGGCUAUGCAACUAGAUGAACAGCACAAUAUCAUCAACUGUCAUUCCCACUGUAGCUUUAUCUGCUGGACUCUCCCUUUCCAAGGCUUCAGGAUAAACGCGACCAAAUGUUUUCUAUGGUUUUCCCUAAAAUGAAGAGGCACAACUUCCUUUCAUGUUUUCAAAUAAAAUAAUAAAUGGUAACAAAAAAAAUAAAAUAAAAAAAAUUACAAAAAUAUACUAAAAAAAAAGGAGAAAAAGAACAAUAAUGUUUGUACUGAAAGCAUGGAAGUCCCACCGUGUGGAAAUGGGAUGCUUUGUUUUAUCAUACACUUUAUCAUGCUGCCUUUGCCUUCACCCAUACACGCACACUUGAUAUUGUCCUCCUCUUGGGCUGUAAACGUCUAUUUUUUAGGGCUUCUUUUAAGACGUUUGCAUGGUGAGGGGGGGGGGGUGUUAUACUACCUGUUUUUUGGACUGUUUACGUUGCCAUUUCUGCCUGUAUUGUAGAGUUUCUGGAACGUACAGGUAGAACCCCAAUAUUUUUAAUUGUACAAAAUUGGGCUGGCAAAUACUGACCAAACAGAAAAACACAUAGACCCACUCAGGAGGUGCAUGAUAAAGAAAUCCAGAUAUGUAUUCUGUAUUAUUAUGAGAUUGCUUUACUAAAGCUUCUCUUUUGUAGUGGGGACUACAGUUUAACACUUAACCCUCCGGCACUGAAAUAACAUAUUUAAAUGAUAUUUGUUUGAUGCUAUGCAAAGCUAUAUUUUAGUUUUUUUUUUUCAAUUUAGAUUGGCAAAUAUGAUUAUGCAAUUGAAGAGUGACCAAAUAAGCUAUAGAGUAGAAUCUGGUGGUAAGGCAAUCAGGAGUUGAGUCAGAUGCAGUAUUUAUAAUCAGAUCUGAUUUCUAAACAACUCCCUUUGUAACAAGAUUUCUUAUUUGUUCAUCUGCUAAGGCUACAUUUUUGAAGACAAAACCAAAAAAACACAUAUUUUAUAAAAUGUAUAAUCUAGACUUCAUCAACUUGACUCUGUUACUGUUUGGCUGAGUGAAUCUGUCUAGUCUCUCUCUUAUUCCACUUACAGUUAAUUACAUAAUUUGGUUUCGGUAUUCAAAAACACUGAUACUUUUGGCAAAAUGGCAUAAGUGACCAAAGCAGUAAAUAUAUAAGGUGGUGGGUCAAUGUGUUUCUCAACUAACUUUAUUGUUUAAAUCAACUUUCAUUGUUCUCACUUUCUUAUUGUCUUCACUGUACAUAGUCAUCUACAGUGUUCUUUUAAUGUCUUUAAAGGACAUGAAAGUGAAAAUUAGACAUUUAUGACUCAGAGCAUCCACAUAAAUUGUCCUCUCAUUCGGAAUCAUUAAUGAUUCAUUUUUACUUCCAAGUCUGUUAAAUACCUCUACUGUGCUGAGGCUGUAGGUGCUGCUUUUUUUCAGGAAGGGGUCAGGGCAAGGCAAUCAGGCAAAUUCAGAAUCUGUAAAGGUUGGGGUAUUCAAAUAAAAGUUGGGGAGGUGUUUUAGCCUCUUUCUAUAACUGCAGCUGGUGCAAGGCCAAGAUUGUGCAGAUACUCAAAGCUUAACUGGUCACUUCUUAUGUUGUAAAUCUAUUUUUAUAACUCAUUUUUGCUGUGCUCAGAAGGUAAUUUAAGCAUUCCAUUAACCUUUAUAUUGCCAGAAAUGUUUGAAGCACUGUGGAUCAUGACUCUGGUAAUGAGAGAGUUAAUACAGCUGGGAAAGCUGCGUUUUGCUAUUGCAUCUCACAUUUUUUUAAAAAGUUGUUGUCACUCAAACGCCUCCACAUUAAUAGCUUGCAUCCCAAAAAAAAACAAAAAAAAAAACAGACUGAACUGGCCGUUCCUUGCAUAAGUAAUGUUUGCAUGUAAAAAAAAUGAUAUAUAUAAAUACAUAUUAAAUUAUAAAAAAAAACACAAAAAAAACAUUACGUGCAUGAAAAAUGCUAACAAUCUCUUCGUACUUUUUUGAUACAAUGUACUCAUCAGUUGUUUAUUUUUAUUUACAUUUGAUAAAAAUUGGGGGUUUGUUGCAAAAACUUUCUAUGAAAAAAAAACACGGUAAAAAAAUAAAUAAAGCAUCCAACACAGUGUUGAAAAUUGGACGCACUUUUUUUUCCCUUCAACACAACACAAGAAAGGUUAACAUUGUCUGAGAUCAAAUUCCUAUUUAUUAACCAGACAUUGGGUUAUGUGAUUGAUUCUUCAAUUACUUGUUUUGUAAGAAGCGAACAGUUCCUUGAAUUUAAAUAAACCUUGUCAAAAAAAUAAA